AUGUUAUCUUACUUAACUACUGCUGUUACUGCGAUCUUCUUACUCAAGGCAGUCGCGGCUGCCAGUGUUUCCAAUGCUUUCAGCGACCUUACCUUGGUCCAGUCUAUUGACUUGAACAAUAUCGGUAAAGACUUACCCUUCAACGUCUGGAAAGCCACCCUUGACUGGGACCUUCCAGCAGGUACCCAGCCUGGCGACACCUUUUCCCUCACUAUGCCACACACUUUCCGUGCCGUUGGUUCUCCUGGGUUUGACUUGGUGGCCGGUAAUGUGACAUACGCAACCUGUAAGUCCAUCAAUGGUGGUCUUGUUCUGGACCACUCCACUCUUACCUGUACCGUUACCAAUGCCAUUUCUACUGUUGUCAACGUUUCGGGUACCUUGACGUUUAACUUUGUUUUUGCCUCUGGUGGUUCUGCAAACUCUUUUGAACUUGCCGAUGCCGCUUUCUACCAGGCUGGUACUAAUGUUAUCACCUGGACCCAGGAUGGCGGUAACGCAUUGACUACUACCGUCGACUUCGGUACUGGCGGUUUCUCCCAGAAGGGUAACUUGAACUACUACUCGCGUAACCUCCCAGACGGUACCUUCCAGAGUUACUUCCUUUCCCACGCUUGUCCAAGCAGCCAGCUUAAGCAGGGUUUCCUUUCCAUCACUGAUAGCACUAGCCGAAUCAUCUGUAGCGAAGUUUCUGCCUGGGUGACUGAUGAAAUCAACACCUGGGAAUUCCCUAUGCAGGCUAGUCAGACGCCAGCCAACUUCCAGAUCCAGUGUAGCCCUUCGCAAGCAUCUGUUUCUUAUACUGGCAUCAAUCCUGGUUACAGAGUGUUCCUUACCACCAACAUGCAGCAAAAGGCAGCUGCGUUCGUCCUCGACUACUUUGAGUCCUACCUCUGCGAUGACGGUGAAACCGACUCUAUAAGUCUCGCCUCCACGGUUAUUAUCAACGACGCGUCCAGUUACUCUAAUGGUACGGCUGACUUUGAAAUUACCACCACCUCAUACUGGAGUAAUACCUUUACCUCCACCACAACUUUGCCAUUCGGUUCUACCGAUCACACUGCCACUGUUGUCGUUGAGAUCCCAUUCCCAACCACUGAGACUAUUACUAUUACUUCCACUGGUACUGGUUCCGCCGAAACUACCGUCACUGCUCCAUUCUCCUCUGGUGCUACUGUGAUCACCGUCACUGACAUACUUCCAUCACCAUCUACUGAGACUGUUACUGUUACUUCCACUGGUACUGGUUCCGUUGAAACUAUCGUCACUGCUCCAUUCACUUCUGGUGCUACUGUGAUCACC